UAUACUGAUUCAGGGAACAGGUUCCGUGCUUAAUCCAGUAUUAUCUGGAGAAGCAUUUUAUAUGUUUUUCGGUCAGGGCACGUACCCUAUAUUCAUCACCACCAAAGUCUCUCAACAGGAUUUGAACGGUGCAGUAUAAAUAGUUACACAUAUCGAUUUGACCUGGACUGCGCCCCAUUUAUAGUAGACCCUGUACAGAUGGUUGGGUUUAACAUUGCCCACUGCACAAAUUGCUAAGAAAAGACAAUAUUGUCCCACCGGGUGCACGACCAGAAGUCCAUCCGUGCUGUACAAACUCGCGAGAUAACAGCAAAUUUACCUGUUCCAGUUUAAGUUCCGCUGUCAUCUUUGUUCCCUAUGGUUCGUUUUUUUCUGAUGGUUGGACCAACUCAGCCUUUGUCCCAAAGUCUUGGAAAAUGUAACCAAUAGAGGAGGAUGGUUCUCUGCGUCAUGGCUGGCAUGGCAGCCACCCUGCAUCUUUGCAGUAAGCUUCCUUCGUUUGUAAGGCCGCCCACUCUUCAGGGCCUUUCUUCUUCUCAUUGCCUCGCUGGCUCUUUCUCUCCUCUCCCUUAUAGUCUACCAUGCCAGCUUGAGCGCAGGAAGUCCCCGUCGUUUAUCGCCAGCUGCCAAAAAUGUCGCUCAUUCAUCUGAUGACAUGGCUGUUGAUAACUAUCAAUUCUUUAUCGCUUGGGGUGUCAGCACAGACAACUACAACGGAGGCAUAUGCUACGGCGACCGAGACGUCCAAAGGAGCCGCCACACAUACUAUCCAGGUUGGACCGAGGAGUGAUCCUCAUCAGUAUGUACCCAGUAGCGUCAACGCAUCCGUUGGCGACGUAAUAGUAUUCGAAUUUUAUCCGCGAAACCAUUCUGUGGUACGAGCAGACUACGACGCACCAUGCGUGCCUGCCCAGACGAGCGGUCCCGUCUUCUACUCUGGCCAUUUCAACAAAUUCAACGAAGAGAAUGGACAGAUGAUAGGACCGCCACCCACAUGGUCGUUGGUUGUGAACGACACCAAGCCUACUUUCUUCUACUGUACUGCCAUCGGCUCAUGCAACGUGAAUGGAAUGGUCGGGGUGAUAAAUCCGACCGCAAAUAUGACAUGGGAGCAUCAAAACAAGAAAGCGAUAAAUUACCCCUACCAGCUGGAACCAUGGGAGCAUAUCCCUGCCGAAGGAGAGAGUCCCACCUCAUCAGCGACCUCCAGCCCUUCGCCAUCGUCGUCCGGAAGUCACCUCAGCGGUGGCGCCAUAGCCGGGAUAGUUGUUGGAGCUGUAGCAUUUAUCGGACUUCUCGUGGCAUUCUUCUUCGUUAUGGGUCGGAACCAGGUAUACAAGAAGUGGAUGACAUCGCAGGAUGGGACCACGGAGCGAACAGCUCGCUGGGCUCUGUUCAACAGCCACGGGGAACGCAAGAGUGACUUCGAUAGCACGCAGCCUCCUGGUGAUCAAGCGACGUAUAUGCCAAGCCCAGAUCUCACCAAUCGGACCUAUAUGUCAGGGCAAGGACAAUAUGGCUGGGAUCCGUCUAUGUUCCAGCCCAUGCCACAGUCACCGCCGCCGCCAAGAAACAUAGCACCCACCGAGUUAGAAGCGCCCGAUUCGGUAGCUCAUUAUCGGACCGAUGGAAGGUGACGGGUAACUAUCCAGUAAUGCUUAUGCGAUAUGGGAGUUAGGAUAAUGUUUUGUUUGGUACAAGGAAGGCCGAGCGCCGGUCAGGGCGAAAAUGUUUCGGGCAUAGGUUCUUGUUUGGUUGAUAUCCUGAAUCGUUGUAUGUUGUCCAUAUUGAUUUUUAUUUGUCAUGAAUGCAUAAUAGACUUAGUGACGAGAUUUCUCAGCAUGACAUUUGCAACCUGGUGACAAAGCAGCAUCAAGUGCUUUUAUUUAUCUCCAACUUAAUCCUUGUUAUCAUGUCUAGGAACUGAUGAAGGCGUAACAAAGCCGGUGCAGAACACCAUAGGACUAUGAUUUGUCACGACAGAGCAUUGUCCAAGCAGCUGCCAUUUAUGAUCAGCUUCAAUAACAGAGAGAAGAGACAUGUUUGUGUUGCAAGGAGCCCUGGUAGAGUCGCCGAUCUCGUGUGCGUGUGCUGAACGCAAUGCAACCUAAGACAGAUCUCCCCGCAUUUUCACUCCUUCAACUUGAAGCUAUCGCAGAAGCGGG